AUGACGACCGACAUCUCAGUGGUGCGUUCAGGGUGGGACCCAACGCUUCAGCAAGAGAUUGUCGACGAGUACGAAUACGACGGAGGAAACUCAAGCUCGAGAUUAUUCGAACGAUCACGAAUCAAGGCCUUAGCUGGUGAACGUGAGUCAGUGCAAAAGAAAACAUUUCAAAAAUGGGUGAAUUCACAUUUAGUACGCUGUUCGAGUCGUAUCGGCGAUCUCUAUGGAGAUCUCCGAGACGGAAAAAUGUUGAUAAAGCUAUUAGAAAUAUUGUCAGGAGAACGAUUACCUCGGCCAACAAAAGGUAAAAUGCGAAUUCAUUGUUUGGAAAAUGUUGAUAAAGCGUUACAAUUUUUACGUGAACAACGUGUACAUUUGGAAAAUAUGGGAUCACAUGAUAUUGUUGACGGGAAUCCACGUCUUACUCUUGGUCUUAUAUGGACUAUUAUAUUACGAUUUCAAAUUCAAGAUAUUACGAUUGAAGAAACUGAUAAUCAAGAAACAAAAUCUGCCAAGGAUGCGUUAUUAUUGUGGUGUCAAAUGAAAACCGCUGGUUAUCACAAUGUUAAUGUGAGAAAUUUCACUACAUCUUGGCGAGAUGGAUUGGCCUUCAAUGCUAUUAUUCAUAAACACCGCCCUGAUUUAAUACACUUUGACAAAUUAUCAAAAUCUAAUGCUAUCUAUAAUCUUAACAAUGCUUUCAAUGUAGCUGAAGAUAAAUUGGGACUUACAAAACUUCUUGACGCCGAAGAUAUAUUCGUAGACCAUCCUGAUGAAAAAUCAAUAAUAACUUACGUCGUUACGUAUUACCAUUACUUCUCUAAAAUGAAGCAAGAAACAGUGCACGGUAAAAGAAUUGGUAAAGUUGUCGGCAUUGCAAUGGAGAACGAUCGUAUGAUCAAUGAAUACGAAGGCAUGACAAGUGAUCUUUUACGGUGGAUUGAAAGUACUAUUGAAGCUUUGGGUGAUCGUCGUUUUGCCAAUUCACUCGUGGGUGUCCAAUCUCAACUAUCGCAAUUUUCAAAUUAUCGAACCAUCGAAAAACCACCAAAAUUUGUCGAGAAAGGUAAUCUAGAAGUGCUGCUAUUUACCCUUCAGUCUAAAAUGCGGGCUAACAAUCAAAAACCGUACACGCCCAAAGAAGGUAAAAUGAUUUCGGAUAUCAAUAAGGCAUGGGAACGACUGGAGAAAGCUGAACAUGAGCGUGAGCUUGCUCUUAGAGAAGAAUUGAUACGCCAAGAAAAAUUAGAACAACUUGCCGCGAGAUUUAAUAGAAAAGCAAGUAUGAGAGAGACUUGGUUAUCUGAGAAUCAGAGACUAGUUUCUCAGGAUAACUUUGGUUUUGAUCUUGCUGCGGUCGAAGCUGCUGCUAAAAAACACGAAGCCAUUGAGACUGAUAUCUUUGCUUAUGAAGAACGUGUACAAGCUGUUAUGGCGGUUUCGCAAGAGCUUGAAGCUGAAAAUUACCACGAUAUUCUUAAGAUAAAUGAACGUAAAGUCAAUGUUUUACGUUUGUGGAAUUAUCUUUUGGAGUUAUUGCGUGCUAGGCGUAUGAGACUUGAAUUGUCUCUUCAGCUUCAACAAAACUUCCAGGAAAUGCUCUAUAUUCUUGAUAGUAUGGAAGAACUUAAGCAGCGUCUUUUGACAGACGACUAUGGAAAGCAUUUGAUGGGAGUGGAAGAUCUCUUGCAGAAACACUCAUUAGUUGAAGCGGACAUUAACGUUCUCGGUGAACGAGUUAAAGCUGUCGUACAACAAAGUCAAAGAUUCUUGGAGCAAGAUGAAGGUUAUCGUCCUUGCGACCCCGCUAUUAUUGUUGAACGUGUUCAACAGCUUGAAGAUGCGUACUCAGAGCUGGUGCGUUUGGCAGUUGAACGUCGUGCUCGACUUGAAGAGUCUCGGAAACUUUGGCAGUUCUACUGGGACAUGGCUGAUGAAGAAAAUUGGAUCAAGGAGAAAGAACAAAUUGUCUCUACUGGUGACAUUGGACACGAUCUUACGACUAUCAACCUUCUUUUGUCCAAGCACAAGGCGUUGGAGAAUGAAAUUCAAUCUCAUGAGCCUCAGCUUAUGUCUGUUGCCGCUGUAGGUGAUGAAUUGGUACGUCAACAACACUUUGGAUCCGACAGGAUUCAAGAAAGACUCCAAGAAAUUUUGGCAAUGUGGAAUCAUUUGUUAGACCUCUCAGCAUUCAGGCGUAAACGUCUUGAAGAAGCUGUUGAUUAUCAUCAAUUGUUUGCCGAUGCUGAUGACAUCGAUAUUUGGAUGUUGGACACUCUUCGACUUGUAUCCUCAGAAGAUGUCGGUAGAGAUGAAGCGAAUGUGCAAUCCCUGUUGAAGAAACACAAAGAUGUUACUGAUGAGUUGAAAAAUUAUGCUACAACUAUUGAACAAUUACACCAACAAGCUGGAUUACUCGGGGAACAAGACGCUAAGUCACCGGAAGUACUUGAAAGACUUGCGUCGAUUGACUCUCGCUACAAGGAGCUUUUGGAGCUUGCUAAAUUGAGGAAACAGAGACUUCUUGAUGCUUUGUCACUCUACAAACUCUUCAGUGAAUCCGAUGGUGUAGAACAAUGGAUUGGAGAAAAGAACCGUAUGUUGGAUACAAUGGUACCAGCUAAAGACAUUGAAGAUGUAGAGAUAAUGAAACAUCGUUAUGAUGGUUUUGAGAAAGAAAUGAAUUCAAACGCAUCACGAGUAGCUGUUGUUAACCAAUUGGCGCGCCAGCUUCUUCAUGUUGAGCACCCCAACUCUGAGGAGAUUGUUGUAAGACAGAAUGAACUUAACCAGAAGUGGGCAGAACUUCGUGACAAAGCAGAAAACAAACGUGAAGCAUUGAACUCUGCUCAUGGUGUACAAACCUUCCAUAUUGAAUGUCGUGAGACUGUAUCUUGGAUCGAAGAUAAGAAGAGAAUUCUCCAACAGACAGACAGCUUGGAAAUGGAUCUUACAGGUGUUAUGACACUACAACGAAGACUCAGUGGUAUGGAGCGUGAUCUUGCUGCUAUCCAGGCUAAAUUAGACGCUCUUGAGAAAGAAGCGCAGUUGAUUGAAAAAGAUCAUCCUGAAGAAGCAGAACUUAUCCGUGAAAGAGUUUCUCAAAUUCAUAUUAUUUGGGAGCAAUUGACGCAUAUGUUGAAGGAACGCGAUGCUAAAUUAGAGGAAGCCGGUGAUCUUCACAGAUUCUUACGUGACCUAGAUCACUUCCAAACCUGGUUGACUAAGACACAGACCGAUGUUGCUAGUGAGGAUACUCCAACAAGUUUAACUGAUGCAGAAAAAUUACUUACUCAGCAUCAAAACAUCAAGGAAGAAAUCGAUAAUUACAUCGAUGAUUACACUAAGAUGAUGGAGUACGGUGAGCGAUUAACCAGUGAGGCAGGAGAUGGUGAUACCCAAUAUAUGUUCCUCCGAGAAAGAUUGAAUGCUCUGAAAAUGGGAUGGGAAGAGUUACAUCAAAUGUGGGCCAAUCGCCAGAAUUUACUAUCAAAUUCAUUGAGUCUCCAGCUGUUCGAUCAAAAUGCCAGACAAGCCGAGGUAUUAUUAUCUCAACAGGAGCACGUUUUAGCCAAAGACGAAACUCCUUCGAGUUUCGAGCAAGCGGAAAAUAUGAUAAAACGACACGAAGCUUUUAUGACUACUAUGGAUGCAAACGACGAGAAAAUAAAUUCAGUUGUUCAAUUUGCCACUCGAUUAGUUGACGAAGGGCACUUUGCUUCAGAUAAAGUUAAAAAGAAGGCAGAUAAUAUUAGCGAGCGUCGUAGUAUUAACCGUGAUAAGGCUAAUCAACUGAUGGAGAAAUUGAAAGAUCAAUUGCAAUUGCAAAUGUUCUUACAGGAUUGCGAAGAACUUGGUGAAUGGGUACAAGAAAAACACAUUACUGCCCAGGAUGAAACUUACAGAAGCGCUAAAACCGUUCAUAGUAAAUGGAUGCGUCAUGAGGCAUUUAUGGCUGAGAUAGCGAGUAAUAAAGAUCGUUUGGAACAACUCCAACGCGCAGCUAAUGAACUUAUUCAACAGAAACCUGAACUUGAAAAUAUUAUUAAUCCGAAAGUUAAUGAACUGGCUGAUCAAUUUGAAGAACUUGAAACUACAACACAAGAAAAAGGUAAACGGUUAUUUGACGCGAAUCGUGAAGUACUUAUUCAUCAAACAUGCGAUGAUAUCGACUCGUGGAUGAAUGAAUUGGAAAAACAAAUCGAAAGUACAGAUACUGGAUCAGAUCUUGCUUCUGUCAAUAUUCUUAUGCAAAAACAACAGAUGAUUGAAACACAAAUGGCAGUGAAAGCACGACAGGUUACUGAACUUGAUAAACAGACAGAACAUCUUCAGACUACAGUUCCUGAUGAGACGAUGGAAGAGAUAAAAUGUAAAAAAGAAAAAGUUGCUCAGCGAUUCGAACAGCUUAAGGCACCGUUGAUUGAUCGUCAACGCCAGUUAGAGAAGAAAAAAGAAGCCUUCCAGUUCCGUCGUGAUGUUGAGGAUGAAAAACUUUGGAUUGCUGAAAAAAUGCCUCAGGCUACAAGUAACGAGUACGGUAAUUCGCUGUUCAAUGUUCAUAUGUUGAAGAAAAAGAAUCAAUCACUUCGCACGGAAAUUGAGAACCACGAGCCGAGAAUAAAUGCUGUCUGUGGAAACGGACAGAAAUUAAUUGACGAAGGUCAUGAAGCAACCUCUGAAUUCCAGAGACUUAUAUCAGAGCUUCAUGAAAAAUGGCGUGAACUCAAGGAAGCUGUUAAUGACAGAAACAAUCAUCUGCUUCAAAAUGAAAAAGCCCAACAGUAUUUCUUCGAUUCAACCGAAGCGGAGUCAUGGAUGAGCGAGCAAGAGCUUUAUAUGAUGGUCGAAGAUCGUGGAAAGGACGAAAUUUCAGCCCAAAAUUUGAUGAAGAAGCACGAAUCAUUGGAGCACGCUGUCGAAGAUUACGCUGAGACAAUUCGUCAGUUAGGAGAAACCUCCAGACAAUUAAUAAAUGAUCAACACCCUCUUGCAGAUCAAAUUGCUGUUAAACAAUCUCAAGUUGACAAGCUUUACGCGGGUCUUAAAGAUCUUGCUGGUGAAAGACGUGCCAAAUUAGACGAAGCGCUUCAAUUGUUUAUGUUGAACCGUGAAGUUGAUGAUUUGGAACAAUGGAUCGCGGAGAGAGAAUUAGUUGCCGGCAGUCAAGAACUUGGCCAGGAUUACGAUCAUGUUACGCUACUGUGGGAGAGAUUCAAGGAGUUUGCUCGUGACACUGAAGCGAUCGGAUCUGAACGUGUAGCAGCUGUUAAUGAAAUAGCAGAUUCAUUGAUAGCAACUGGACACUCAGAUGCCGCGACAAUUGCUGAAUGGAAAGACGGAUUGAAUGAAGUGUGGCAAGAUCUUCUGGAGUUGAUCGAAACGCGUACACAAAUGUUGGCAGCGAGUCGUGAACUACACAAGUUCUUCCACGACUGCAAGGACGUUCUUGGAAGGAUUCUUGAAAAACAGAAUGCCAUGUCGGAUGAGCUUGGACGUGAUGCUGGCUCUGUAUCAGCACUUCAACGCAAGCACGGCAACUUUAUUCAAGAUUUAUCGACACUUCAGAAUCAAGUUACGCAGAUACAAGAGGAGUCAGCGAAAUUACAAGCCAGCUAUGCUGGUGACAAAGCUAGCGAGAUAACAAACCGCGAAGCUGAAGUUGUUGCAGCUUGGAAUAAUCUUCAAUCUCUUUGUGAAGGCAGAAAGGCUAAACUGGAAGACACUGGUGAUCUAUUCAGAUUCUUCAAUAUGGUCAGGACUCUAAUGAUUUGGAUGGAUGACGUUGUAAGGCAGAUGAAUACUUCAGAGAAACCGCGAGAUGUAUCAGGAGUUGAAUUACUGAUGAACAACCACCAGAGUUUGAAAGCUGAAAUUGAUACUAGAGAAGACAACUUGUUGGCUUGCAUAAAUCUUGGCAAAGAUUUACUUGCCAGAAACCACUACGCCAGUGUACAAAUAAAAGAAAAAUUAUCGGCAUUAACAGCUCACAGAAAUGCUUUAUUACAUCGGUGGGAAGAACGCUGGGAGAAUUUGCAACUUAUUUUAGAACACACGAUUGACGAAGUUGAGAAUUUAAUAAAGAAACACGAAGCAUUUGAAAAAUCAGCAGCUGCACAGGAAGAAAGGUUUAGUGCCUUGGAACGUUUAACUACGCCUGAGAUGGUGUACUAUAGUGACUUCUUAUUGGGCAUGCCAAUGGCGGAACUUGAACACAGGCUCACUUUUAUUCCUCCUGAUGAAUAUCCUAUUAUUUUAACUACUACUACAUCCAUACCCGUAAAACCUGCAUUCACUAUUACGAAGAAACGAAAUCGUUCUAUAACUAGUAUUGUGCAUGACAUCAUCUUUAAUUCAGAUCGUUUUUAUUCACCAGUGAAUAGAUAUAAACGUGAAUACACGUCCACGGGGACUAAAAUUAUUUAUCCUCAGUUAUCUAAAUCUAAAGAAGUUUUUAAUAAAAAUAAUAAAAAAUUCGUACGUCCUAAAUCAUUUUUAUGGGAUUCUAAUUGGUUUGAGUUAAAAGAAUUGAAGAGACGAGAACAAGAGCGAGAAGAGGAGGAGAGACGUAAAAAAGAAGAAGCUGCAGCAGCCGAGGCAGCGCGAUUAGCUAAAACAACACCUGUUACUAGUCCUGAUGAACCAACGAGUGAACGGGUCGAAGCCGAUGGUGUAACUAGCGGUGACCGUGGCGAUGAUGAUGUGCAUGUUCAAAGGCCCCAGCGAUUCUCUUCUGGAGAUGUGACACGAUCUAUUACUCCAACAACUUCCAAAUCUCGUGCUUCUGUCCCAUCAACACCAACAACUCCUAAAGGUGGAACUGGUUCAGAACCUGGUACAUUGCGACGAAAGGAACGUAGUCGCAGCAAGUCACCAUUCAGAAGCUUCCGUUGGAAAAAAACUCCCAAGUCACCGAGUUUAGAUCGUAGCGGUGUGAGUGAUGACGAGCACAGCUUCCACGUUUUUAUAUUAUGAGUAGCUUAUUAUAAAAUUUAAAAAUAAAAAUUUAUUAAAUUUUAAUUAUUUAUUUAUUUAUUUAUUUGAACAGAGCAAAGAAGCCCAAGUGAUGAUGAAUUCGAAGGCACACUUGUGCGUAAGCAUGAGUGGGAAAGUACAACGAAAAAAGCAACCAACCGAUCAUGGGACAAGAUUUAUUUGGUUGUCCGUGGACAAAAUCUUGUGGCGUACAAAGAUCAAAAAUCUUGCAAGGCAGCUCCAGAUCAACUUUACAAAGGUGAAGCACCCUUCGAUCUUCGUGGUGCUACGAUCGCCGUCGCCAGUGAUUAUACCAAGAAAAAACACGUCUUCCGAGUCAAGUCGCAAGGAGGUGCUGACUUUUUGUUCCAAGCUAAAGAUGAUAGUGAAAUGAACGAAUGGGUUACGGUAUUAAAUCAAGCUGCCCAGGGAACUGCAGGAGCGAGUACAUCAAGAGCACAUACUCUUCCAGCACCAACUCAAGCUGAAACAAAACGACGUAGCUUUUUCACUCUUAAAAAGAAGUAA